AUCUGUGCGGCAUCGUCGAGCUGCCGGAGUCUGCAGACGUCGGGCAGGCGGCUGCGCUGGAGCCGGGCUUUUUCAGUCGGUGGAAGUAUACCGAGCAGCCAGAGCCCAGGGGCGGCCGGUGGGAGGAGGCAAAGACACCGCAGCUGCUGCACCGUACAGCCUCUCAGACAGCCGCAGGAGGAAGGACCGGCCGCAUCGACCCAUGUCUACGGAGCUGUCUGAAGCCGGGAACCUCGACGGGUCAUUAGAGCAGGCAGCAGACGGACAGACCGGACUGACGGACAUCUGCAGUGGCACAGCGGGCAGCAGAAUGGCGUCCGUAGCGGAGUACUACGCCGGCAAGAACGUGCUGAUCACAGGAGCCACGGGCUUCAUGGGGAAAGUGUUGGUGGAGAAGCUGCUGAGGUCCUGCCCUGAAGUCAAAGCCCUCUACAUCCUGGUGAGGCCCAAAGCAGGCCAGUCCAUGCAGCAGAGGGUCAGCGACAUGAUGAAGUGCAAGCUUUUCGACCGAGUCAGGGAGGACAACCCCGACUUCCACCAGAAGAUCAUCCCGAUCAGCAGCGAGCUGAUGCAGCCCGGCCUGGCCAUCAGCCCGGAGGACGUGGAGAAGCUCACGGCCUGCAUCAACAUCGUCUUCCACUGCGCCGCCACCAUCCGCUUCGACGAGCCGCUCAAACACGCCCUGCAGCUGAACGUGAUCGCCACGCAGCAGCUCCUCGGCCUGGCCCAGCAGAUGCACCACCUCGAGGCCUUCAUUCACAUCUCCACCGCCUAUGCAAACUGCAACCGCAAGUACAUCGACGAGGUCAUCUACCCGCCGCCCGUCGAGCCCAAGAAGCUCAUCGAGUCCCUAGAGUGGAUGGAUGACGGCAUCGUGCGGGACAUCACGCCGCGGCUCAUCGGCAACAGGCCCAACACGUACACCUACACCAAAGCCCUGGCCGAGUACGUGGUGCAGCAGGAGCAGGACAAGCUCAACAUCGGCAUCAUCAGACCCUCCAUAGUGGGAGCCAGCUGGCAGGAGCCGUUUCCUGGUUGGAUCGACAACUUCAACGGGCCGAGCGGCGUCUUCAUAGCCGCGGGGAAGGGGAUCCUGCGCACCAUGAGAGCCAACAACGACGCGGUGGCCGAUCUGAUCCCUGUGGACGUGGUCAUCAACCUGACCCUGGCUGCUGGCUGGUACACGGCCGUGCACAGACCGAAAACAGCUCUGGUGUACAACUGCACAACUGGCGGCAUCAACCCGUUCCACUGGGGGGAGAUCGAGCAUCAUGUGAUGUCGUCCUUCAAGAGGAACCCCUUGGAGCAGGCGUUCCGCAGGCCCAACGCCAACAUCACCUCCAACUACCUGAUCAACCAGUACUGGAUCCUGGUCAGCCACAAGUUCCCCGCCCUCAUCUACGACCUCUUCCUGCGUCUGUCUGGGCAGAAGCCUCAAAUGAUGCGCAUCUUCAAUCGUCUGCAUAAGGCCAUCAGCCUGCUGGAGUACUUCAGCAGCCAGGACUGGGAGUGGAACUCUGAGAACAUGAGCAUGCUGAUGAGCCAGCUCACCUCCGAGGACAGGAAGACGUUUAACUUCGAUGUGCGUCAGCUGAACUGGCCUGAGUACAUUGAGAAUUACUGCAUCGGCACCAAGAAGUACGUCCUGAACGAAGACAUGUCUGACAUUCCUGCUGCCAGGCAGCACCUGAGGAAGCUGAGGAACAUCCGCUACACCUUCAACACUCUGCUGGUCGUUUUCAUCUGGAGGGUGUUUAUCGCCCGCUCCCAGAUGGCCAGAAACAUCUGGUACUUUGUGGUCAGCCUCUGUUUCAAAUUCCUCUCCUACUUCCGCGCAUCCAGCACCUUAACCAACUGAGUCUUCCUCGCCGCCUCAAGCCAGAGACAGCAGCCCUCGCCUUCAGCUGUCAGCAGGAACCAAACAUCUGAGACAUCCACUGAGGAUGCUCCGAAUCCUUCUUAAUGCGGACAAGCAGGGCUCUCUACAGGUGGGGGCUGCAGUUGAGUGAAGCACUCAGAAGGAGGGGGGAAAAAAGAGGUCUACUAGCCAUGAAUUAUUCGUUUAGUUUGGAAAUCUGUCAUCCGUACCUGCACUGUUCAGUCACCAAACCCUGUCCAAAAAAAAAGUGUUGUCAUUCAUUUUGUACCUCCUGUUUUCUUCUUAAAGUGGCCAAUUAUAUAUGCAACAAUAAGCCUUUUGUGUGACUUCCAUUCUCCUUUCCGCCCUCUUGAAUCUAGGUACAUUGCCUUGCCUUGUGAUGAUUUUUUUUCAUACUUGAAAUACGGCAGUGCGUCAGUGGAGGACAAUUUCUAUAAGAUUAUUUUGGUUGUCUGUUUUUUACCGUGGGGAUCUCCGGCUCCUCUCUUUAAUACGCAGGUGAUUUGGAUAUAUCUGUAUGUCUUGCAUUACGUGUAUCUACUGCCUUUCUAAGAUCACACACACAAAACUCGCUGGUGGUUAUCUGUUCUCGAGGCCAAUCCGCGGAUCGAUGAGACCAGUACUAAAGCUCAAAUCCGACCACAGCUACCAAAACAUACAGAUCUGCCAUCUUUCCUGCUGUCGAGGUCGUCACGUAUUUAUGAUCACAAACGAUAGCGUCAGUAUGUCUUUGAACAUAAACCGUGUUUGUUUGAAUGCUCAUCCACUUUUUGCCUGUUUGUACAGCAGUUUGUACUGAAACUAAGUUUACUACUUUUACAUCUUUAUACUUGCGUCAAAGGCUAGUCCGAUUCUAUGUGGUAGACCUUGGCAGUGUAGUAUAUAUAAAUAAGAGUACAUCAGAGUGAAGUUUAUUUGUAUAGCCCAGUACAUACUGUAAAAUGUUUCUCAACAGUUCCAGAUUUGUAAGAAGAUAACCCUCCAAUAAAAAAUUAAGGAAAGACUUUUUAAAGAGAACCUCCUCUUCUCGGAUAGCUGGGGGUGAAAUAGGAGCCAUAAGUUGGACAAAUUACACAUUUAUAUUGCAUUAUAAUGGUUAGAAAUGCCAAAUGAAGGAUUAUGAUGCUUAUGAAGUAAAGCCAAACUUUAAAAGUCCAAGGAAUGUGUCCAGUUAAACUCGUCCAGUAUCAGUGACUCGCUUGUCUAGAAGUUCUCAGCUUGGAGAAGUUGGUUUAGUGAAGUCAGAAGUCGAGUCUUCGGAUUGUGAUUGAGGGCCUUAUUUAGUGCCUCUUGGGUAUUUGACGUUACAUUCAAGUGGAAAAGUGAUGUUCUGCGAGCUGCUCAGAAGCUAUUUCCAGUAUCCUUGAACACUUUUCGAUCCAUCUAGACCGAAAAAAAAUGACACAAUUCUGUUUCUAAAUCCAAAUAUAGAUAAAUGCCCACCAGCUCCAUCAAUAGGAAAUGGAGUCACAAUGGUUGGAAAGGUUCAAAAAGGCUUUUUAUUGCCCUUUUUUUCCCCCCUCAUCAAGAUCCUUAAGACUCUGUAAGGUUUCUAAAAAUACACUGGCUAAUGUUCCAGAGCUGUUCAAACUUGGCUUAGCACUGAGACUUGAAUGCAAUGUCAACACAUAAGAGGCACACGUCUGAGGAUUUUGAGUCUUUGAGGCAGGUCAGGUCUCCUUCAAAUGCGAGAUUUCAGUCUGAAGGGACUCUGUGGUUAAAUAAAGGUUAGAGGCUUGUGAGGUUUGUUAGGAGAGGCACUUUAAAACCGUCCUUAACAUGAAUCUAAAGCUGCUGCAGAGGCUAAGACUGAUCGGUUUGUUAAAUUGUGUUGUAAAUUGGGGUUCUUGUCCGGCCUUUGAAUGCUAGUAAACAGGACAGAGCAGGGAGCAAUCAUUAGAACUGAUUUAUUUCAUGCCCUAAAAGCAAAUGAUUCCACCGAACGAGAAAAUCAAUGGACCAAGUAUAAAGCCAUGAGGGACGCCACACCUUACAGAAUGGAGGGACGGACUUCUGUUUUUUUCUAACAAGACAAACUGACUGAUUUGAUCCUGUCCAGAUUAAAAUCAGCGUUAACUUAAGGACCCUCCUGGCAUUACAUCCUCGAUCCCAGUUUUGGAACAUCUGUAAAUAGAUGAACUUACACAUUAUUCUUAUCGACUACCAAAAACUUGUGUUUGACUGUUGAUUUUUUUCUUUUUCUUUUUUUUUUUUGCUUGAGUGUCUUCACAGGACCACAGAGCUUCCCACAGAGUCUACCAAAAGUAUUAAGUGUGUCAGGCAAGUCUGAUUUUUACUAAACAAGUGAGAAAUCUGUGUACAGUAUUGUAUAUGUUGCAAGGUUUGGCAGAAUAAAAAUACAUAACAGCGAAGAGCCUUUUAUGGGAGAAAAAGGGACAAAACUAAAUAAAUGUUUAUGCAAAAGCCCAUGUCUGGUGUAACCGUGGUAACUGUGCUCCUAAUCGCAGAUGGAGAUAAUGAACCAAAAUGUGUGCGUCGUACAGAGCCUGCAUGAUGAAGCGGUUUCGUCAGAUUGUUCUCUAAGAGCUACAGGGCUACUUUAAUGGUGUCGUCAGUUUGAGGUUUUUCUCUUCUGUGUGUCUGUUUGCCAACAAAGCGCUGUCUUUGCUGUUUGCCGACCAAAUGCGAAGCACUGUUGGUCCCACAAACCCCCAGGUUGGAGCUGCUGCCGUUACCGUAUGUGACAAACGGCGACGCGCAACGAGCGAUUUCAUCUUAUUCUUUCUGGUGUCAUUUGCGAAAUGUUUGACCACCUGUAUUCCCUGCUCUGACAACACUUCAAGUCUGCUUGGCAAAACUGAAAUAAACUAGAAGAGAAAAAGUGUAA